GCGCAUGCGCUGAGCCGGCGGGCCGGAGAGUUGUCGGCUGGGAAAUGGCGGCCGCGGGUUUGGUCGCUGUGGCCACGGCUGCAGAGUACUCUGGCCCAGUAGCGUCGGGAGGUAACCUCUCCGUUGUUAACUGCGGCCCGAACUCCGGGGCAGGCCCUGGUCCUGGCCCGGGCUCAUGGAGCCGCUCCCUCGACCGAGCGCUGGAGGAGGCGGCGGUAACCGGGGUGCUGAGCCUGAGCGGCCGGAAACUGAGGGAGUUUCCCCGGGGAGCGGCCAACCACGACCUGACGGACACCACCCGGGCGGAUCUGUCACGAAAUCGCCUCUCAGAAAUUCCCAUAGAAGCAUGUCACUUCGUUUCUCUUGAGAAUCUCAAUUUAUACCAAAAUUGUAUUCGGUAUAUACCAGAGGCAAUUCUAAACUUGCAAGCUCUAACGUUCUUAAAUAUUAGUCGAAACCAGCUGUCAACACUGCCAGUACACUUGUGUGAUUUACCAUUGAAAGUCUUAAUUGCUAGUAAUAACAAAUUGGUCUCACUUCCAGAAGAAAUUGGACAUCUCAGACAUUUAACAGAACUUGAUGUGAGCUGCAAUGAAAUUCAAACAAUCCCUUCCCAAAUUGGUAAUUUGGAGGCCUUGCGAGACCUUAAUGUAAGAAGAAAUCACUUAGUACGUUUGCCUGAAGAGCUAGCAGAGUUGCCUUUGAUACGGUUAGACUUUUCCUGCAAUAAAAUUACAACAAUCCCUGUUUGUUAUCGGAAUCUCAGGCACCUACAGAUGAUCACCCUAGAUAAUAAUCCACUACAAUCUCCUCCUGCACAGAUAUGUAUAAAAGGCAAAAUCCACAUAUUUAAAUACCUGAACAUACAGGCUUGCAAGAUUGCUCCAGAUCUGCCAGAUUAUGAUAGGAGACCCAUGGGUUUUGGCUCCUGCCACGAAGAACUGUACUCAGGUCGCCCCUAUGGAGCCCUUGAUUCAGGUUUCAAUAGUGUGGACAGUGGUGAUAAGAGAUGGUCAGGGAAUGAACCUACAGAUGAAUUUUCAGAUCUGCCUCUUCGAGUAGCAGAAAUUACUAAAGAACAAAGACUACGAAGAGAAAGCCAGUACCAGGAGAAUCGCAGCAGUAUAGUAGUAACAAAUGGUGGAGUGGAACAUGAUCUGGAUCAGAUUGACUAUAUUGACAGCUGUACUGCGGAGGAAGAAGAGGAAGAAGUGAGACCACCCAAGGGCCUGGACUCAGACAGCCUCAGUUCACAGUUUAUGGCAUAUAUUGAACAACGGCGAAUCUCUCAUGAGGGUUUACCAGUAAAGCCAGUACCCAUGAGGGAAUUUCAAAAAACAGAAGACAUGAGAAGAUAUUCACAUCAAAACAGGGUUCCAGCUGAGCCAUCUUCUCUCUUAUCACUAUCACCGAGUCAUACUCAGUUUUCACAUGCAGACUUGGAACUUCAUCGGAGAAGAGAACAAUUAAUAGAACGUACUCGGAGAGAGGCACAACUUGCUGCCCUACAGUAUGAGGAGGAGAAAAUAAGGACCAAGCAGAUUCAAAGAGAUGCUGUCCUGGACUUUGUCAAGCAAAAAGCGUCACAAAGUCCACAAAAACAACAGCCCCCCUUAGACGGUGAGUGUCCCUUCCCAUCCAGAAGGUCUCAGCACACUGAUGAUAGUGCCUUGUUAGUGUCACUGUCAGGUGUGAAUCAAGUGGGCUGUGCUGCUACCCUGCCUCAUUCUUCUGCCUUCAGGCCUCUUAAGAAUGAUCACAGAUCUAAUGCUAUAUCAAGUUCACCUACAACAGAAACAGUUCAUCAUUCCCCUGCAUAUUCUUUUCCUGCUGCUAUUCAGAGAAACCAGGCCCAGCGCCCUGAAAGCUUCCUUUUCAGAGGAGCUGUCAGGGCAGAAACAAAUAAAGGUCAUGCGUCACCCUUCCUUUCAUCUUCUGCACCUACCACUGAUUUUAAAGAUCCGGUAACAAGACAGAAUUCAAGACAGAGAGAAGAAGAGCUGGAAUUAAUAGACCAACUACGGAAACAUAUUGAGUACCGGUUAAAAGUAUCUCUGCCUUGUGAUCUUGGAGCAGCUCUAACCGAUGGUGUUGUUCUUUGCCAUUUGGCCAAUCAUGUGCGGCCUCGAUCUGUCCCAAGCAUUCACGUUCCCUCACCAGCUGUACCUAAAUUAACAAUGGCAAAAUGCAGACGAAAUGUGGAGAAUUUCCUAGAAGCUUGCAGAAAAAUUGGUGUACCUCAGGAGCAAUUAUGUUUGCCUCUCCACAUUUUAGAAGAGAAAGGUUUGAGCCAGGUUGCGCUGACGGUCCAGGCCCUCCUGGAACUUGCCCCGCCCAAGCAGCAGCAGCACCAGCCAUCUGCUGUGUAAGGACUCCCAGCACCGUGGGCGUUGGCCUGGCCAAAACGAAACAGGACAGCGUGACUGCUGCUGUGAGCCGUCUGCUUAACAAAGCGCUUACGUGUUCUUAAAAGGGACUGUUUCCAUGAUUCCUAACAGGAAUAUUUUGCUUCAUUUCUCCAUUUUAGGGGAGGUUAUAUCCAUUUGCAUUGAAUUGUUUAUGAAGACACGGUUGGUUUUCACAAAUGAAACUUAAUUCUGUCAUUAUUGAGAACCCAACGCUGAAGCCUAACCUGGCUGUGCUUUUCUAGAGAGUAGGCUCUUUCACAUACUGAAGACUAUCUUCUCAGAAGGAUAUUUGUCUCUCUUGAAGGCACAGCCAUGCUGUUAUCUUUCCCUGUUUGCAAGCCCUCUGGAAUCCACUAGUUUCUAAACGUGGUUGUUCAUUAGAAUCUCCUGGAGAAUUUGUUAAAGUACAGAUUCUCACUCGGUUGGUCUAGAGUGAGGCCUGGGUAUCUGCAUUUCAACAAACAUUCCAGGUGUUUCAUGUAGUGGAAACCAUUGUUCCAAGCUAGAUAUCUGUAUAAUUUGGGGGGAGUAAUGACUUCAUCGUGUUUUUCAGCUCUGUUAUGACUACUUGGACUGUUCUGUCCAAGGUAAAAUAAAAAUAAUGUAGAAGGUCUAGAUUUUGCUUAGUAAAACAAUGAAACAGAUACCGUUGCAUUUAAGGCCAGUGUCCUAGGCGUCCCCCCAGCUCCAGUCCACCACCACUUAGAGGAUGGUUCCAUGUGUCAUCCCACUAGUAUCUAAACAUUAUAAUCAAGCACUCUACACACAGGGUCCAGAUCUUUAGGCUGGUAGCUUGUGGCACUCUGCAUCCUGUGUGUUGACUUCACUGAGCUCACCCCUUCUCCCCUGCAAGCUGCUCCCAGGAUACCUGGACCUGCGAACACCUUCCAGUCACAGCAGAUGCACUUCCAGCUCCCCAAAUAACAGAAGAUUAUGAAAAUACAGGAAAAGCCAAGCUUCUUACAUUUCUUUCAGCUAACUGCCAAUUUCCGUAGCUGAGUUAAAGCACUUGUGGCGUUUUAAAAACAGCUUGCUGUCUUUUCAUCUAGCCAUCUAGCUCCCCAACCAGUGCCUUAUUUACUCAAUUAUGGGUGCAGUAAAAGGGCCCAAGGGCUCAGACAGCACAAAACCAGGAGCCCUAAUUCAAGUCUAAGCCACUUGGGUCUUUCUUCCCCUAUAUUUUGAGACCCUUUUAGUUGUCAGUGAUAUCUUCUUGUAUUCACUGCCUUUGUAAACCAAGUAAAUAGAGUAAGUGAAGAUACUAGUUAUCUAGGUUUUUUCCUGUUGUUAACUGUUCUGGGGUUUCUUUACCAGUACAUGCAUUUAAGAAUAAUGUUCUCUCGUUUUAUCAUGUAGCAGCAUCUAAAAGUAAAUCUGGAUAAAAUCAUGUUGAGUAUCUGGCCAAAGUAAUGUUUUCUCCUUGUUGUCACAGGUUUAAACUUAUAUAACACAAAACAUCUGAGCUCAAAGCCCAAUCCUUCAGGGUCCUUACAAAACAAAAGUAAAAUAUGUUUUAAGUGCUUAGAGCCAGACCCCAUUAUAUUUACAGUUCCAAACAGACCCACCAAUCAUAGGACUUGUUUAGAAUUUAGCUGUGUAUAUUUUUAAACUCUAGGUAUUUUUACUUCUAGUCAACAUUAAACCUCAGUACAAUCUCCAAAUUAUAGACAGCCAUUUGAAAUGAAACUCAGCAAAGGACAGGACUAUUUGUCACAUAGUUGCAAGGAAUAAUCCCAGUCAGCAUACAUAAUGCAACAUUUGGAACAUUUGUGACUAAUUUCCCCAUAGGAAUAAUUGGAAUUUUCAACUUAUUUCAGAUUUUAUACAUAGCAUGAAACCUUAUUCAUAUAUUUUUAUCAGACUAAUUCAAAUUUAUAUUUGAAUAGUUAGAAAAUAUUUGUUUACAGUUUUGGUUGAUAAUGAAAGAAAAAUAUAAGAUAUAUUGAAUGUCUUUUCUGUGUCAAGAUGCAAAACAAGUCAUUAUGUUUUUGUUGGAAAAUUUUUGUACUCAGUGUUUUGUAUAUACCUUUUUUUUUUAAACUGGAAAGAAAAUUUAAUAUUUAGCCUUGCUAGACUCUAACAUAAGAUGAAGAUGACUUUGUUACAGUUCCACCUGACCAUUUAUGAACUUCCUACUGAAGCAGUGACCUUCCCAGCGCUGAAGAGUGAAUGAAGAUAAGGCUAAGUGCCCGCCCACUAGGGCUUCUGCUAACAGUGGAGAUUUUAAGUCAGCAGGUUUCUGGGCUUUCAAUCUCAUACUUGCUUAGCACUCCAAACCAAUUUUCUCUGGAAACAACUCAUGGGAGGAAGGGCUUUGUAUUUGACUAGAAUAGAGUAGGACACUUAGUAGUAGUAGGUCACUUUCCUUAAUAGCUUUUGAAAAUACAGCCUCACAGCUAAUCAAGGAGUCUGAUUUCUCUACUUGAUAAAAGCCCAGCAGUGACUAAUGAUGUAUGACUACGCUGACGAGUAUGAUGAAUUUUUUAAAACUAAGCGCUUAAAUGGUUAUAGAAAUGAAGGAGAACAUGGAUAUUCAGAAACGUUUUUAUAUACAUAUUGCAGUAAGGUGGUUUACAGCAUAUUUCAUUUUAUUUCUGAAAAUGUUGUAAACAUGUAAUUAGUAAAAGAUUUUGUAAAACAUUGUCCUAUAUUUGUAUGUCUGUAAAUAUAAUGCAUAAGUUCUAAGAAUAAAUAUGUCAGUAUCAUGUAUGUUAUUUUAAAUUGCCUGUAUGCCACUUU